UCACUUAGAGUAAACACAGAACAGCUGAUCGGAGACGCUCGAAACGCACCAGAGCUUGCUACAAUGCAGUUUGCAAGCGCUGUGCAUGUAUCCGAGGCUUGGUGGGCGGAGGCAUGUAAGAAGGUGAAAAAUGCUGUUGUGUUUGUUGAUAACGCUUCAGCAGAAUGUCUCCACUGGAAUGGGGGUCUUGCCCGCUUAGUUGAAGCUGGUGCCAAGAAUGUUAAAGAAUUUUCAUCUUUUGAGUGUGGCAACAAAGGUGAUGUGAAAGCAGUAUUUAUGCUGGGAACUGCUGUUGUGGACAUAACAGCAAAGAUCCUCGAGGACAUCAUCCAUUCCUCAAACUUCGAGUACUGUGUUAUUAUCACAGCUGGCCACCCUAACGUCCAUGCGUAUGCCAGAUAUGGAGGACGAGAGACUGACGAAGGAGUCUUGAUGAAUCAGCUUGAACAGACCAUCUUAGGAUGGAUGGGAAAUAUGAAUUACACUGUGGAGAUUUUCUACAUUCCCCUUGUGGUGGUUCCCUACUCAGAAAACCUCUUCUUCAUGCCGCCCUUUGCGGAUCUCUAUCCAUUACUCAACACAGAUGUUGCAAGACUGGCUAAACUGCAGCAAGCUCAAGCCAAGGGAGAAAGGGUGAAGCUGGUCGAGAGUUUAGCUGAUGUGGAGUUUCAUCAUUUGCCAUUUGAAAUGCGUAUCAUGAUCCGGCAAUUUGUGGUGUGCAUCCAUAGCCUCAUGCAGGGGAUGAACGCCAGGGAUGAAAUCUUCUCUGUUGGUCACACGGCACGCAUCAUAGGCUCGGAAUUGGACUCUUUCAAUCCAGCCAGGCAGAGGAGAAAGAAUGCUGCAAACAAAGUAUCGAUUGUCUUAGUGGACAGAACCCUGGACCUGGCGGCAGCUUCCAUCUUCUCCGGCGAGACUCUGAUGGAGCGGAUCCUGUGCCUCCUGCCCAGGCUCUUCGGCCACCGCCUGGACUCGGCCGUCAGCAUGGCCCCGCUCUGCCAAGUGCACCCAUCCUCCGAAUGGACGCUGAUCCCCGGCUGCCUCGCGCCUCAAGGCAACGAGAAGAGAGCGAAGGAAGUUCUGGCGGCUUUGGUCUUGUCCUCCCGAAAAGAAGCUCUAAGUCUUCUCAACAAACACGUCUUACAGGCAGCCAACAGAAAGGAACCAGGAUCAGGGGAAAUAGACAAGGAAGGGAAAAUGACUCUUGGAAAUUUGAAGAAGAAUAUCCAGACAUUUGCGUCAGAUGUUGAAGCCUUCUCGGAGCAUGCCAGUCUGUUGCAACAAGGACUGGGUGUCGUAGAGGCGCUCUCAGAUGAACGGCAUGAGCACCUUGACCAACUCCUGAGCCUUCAGAAGCUUCUGCUGCAGUCCAUCGGGGACCCCGAAGAAACUCCUCCGUUUACACAGAUCUUGCAGCUUCUGAAGACCCGUGGCACUCACGGCGUCUCCCUAGAUGACGUUCUGACUCUGAUGGUGUACGCCACGUCUCUUGGAGGGUCGUCGGUGUUUUCUCAGAGGGAUGAAUAUGCACUCACCAACCUCCUGUCUCAUGCCAUCGUUGAGGAUAAGUUGGCUUUGUCGGACAACCUGCUGGAAAUCAUUGGGGAAGAUGUAGAUGAAGUGAGUGCUCUAAAAGCUUCUCAGAUUAUUGCUAGCCAGUUGCAUGCCAUAGCCACUGCCAGGGAUCACCUGAAAAAUUACAAAAAUCUCCAUAUCCCAGGAGAUGCUGCACAGCCUGCUUCAUGUCAAGGUUUGCUUCAGAAGCUGGUUCACGAUUCUCUGACUGCUCCUCAGACGGAAAUCACUGACAUUGAAUACAGAUCUGCAGGCUUCAAAGAUCUGAUCAAAACUGGUUUCAGCCUUUUUGUGAACGUGAGUAAGCCCAUGCCCAGAGACGCCCCGGCAAUCAUUGUGUACGUGAUUGGUGGAGUCACAGCUGGAGAGGUGCGGGAAAUUAAGCAGAGGGUGGAGGAAGUCGGCCCUCCCUGUGAAGUGCUCCUGGCCUCGUCACACCUGGCGCACCCCUCUGACACCAUUGCCAGAGCCUUGAAGCCCUCACCAUUCAUACAAAGUCUAUAAGGUCAAGGCAUAGCAUUUGUGUCUUGAUGGCUGCAUUCAAAAUGCUCAAGCUAUGGUUUUAUGUUUGAAACUUUGGAGAAUAAUUUUAUUUUUCAUUUUAGUUAAAUGAAUAGGGAGUCGUGGUGCAACUGAUGUCUGGUCUCCUCAGUAUUGUAAUAUUAGAUGUAACUCUGGAAGAUUUAUACUGAAACAAUAUAUACACUGUUAAGCUUGUUAUUUACUAUUUAUGUAGUUAUGAUAUAUAUGAAUUUAAUUCAUACAUGAUGUAUACACCUUCUUGUCUAAGUGUAUAUUGUGCUAUAUAUUUGAACCUUUAUUGGAAAAAUUACAUUCCCUUUAUUUUUACCUGAUAUUCUGAAGUCUAUAUCUACUCUCCGUCUGUAAAGAGAAAAAACUGAAUUGUGUUCUAUAUUGUGCUUGGUUUUGUACAUACAUUAUACUGUUUAUAUUUUGUCUAUUACAUGCUAUUGGGCAUUGACAGGGAUAAUAAAUGCGUUAAGGAUUGUUUUAUAUUAUGUUAAAUAAAUUAAAAACUUA